AUGCACGCGUUCACGCUACUCGUCACUGCUGCUUCAGCAGCGCUCGGCGUAGUCGCCAGCCCGACAGCGCUCAAGACACGACAGGCUGCCAGCUACGUUGGAUACCUUAUCUCGACUUUUUCCGAUGCUAGGCCUCAAGUUCAACAGUACCUUUCUAAUGGGAACAGUCCCUCGAGCUUCACCUUCUUGAAUAGUGGCGAGCCCAUCCUCGCGUCAACAGUCGGCACGAAGGGCGUCAGGGAUAUCUUCCUGACAACGAAUGAUGACCGGUCUCAAUAUUAUCUCAUUGCCACCGAUCUCGACAUCAACGCCGAUGGGUUCUCGUGGGACGCAGCUACGAGGACAGGAAGCCGCGGGAUUGUGGUAUGGAGUUCGACAAACCUCGUGGACUGGUCUGAGCCUUCACUCAGAACUGUGGACAGCGCAACAGCAGGAAUGGUAUGGGCGCCAUCGGCCGUCUACAAUACCGGGGACGGUCUCUUCUACGUCUUCUGGUCCGCACGCCACUACGCCGAGUCCGACACCGCCCACACCGGCACCGCCACCCUGGACAGGAUCCGCUACGCCACGACCGCGGACUUCGAGACUUUCAGCGCGCCGUCGGACUACCUCGCGCUAGCAGACACACCACUCAUCGACCAAGAAUUCCAGUAUUUGGGCACGAGCGGUGCGUACGCCCGGUUCCUGAAGAACGAGACCGUCAAUCAGGUAUACCAGGAGACCACAACAGGCGGGCUGUUUGGCACGUGGACGCGGAUCCCGGGAUAUGUCAGCAGCCUGAGCCCAGCUGAAGGCCCCGCGGCGUACGCGGACAACGUCACACCGGGCUUGUAUCACCUGCUGCUGGACGACUACACACAGUACAGGCCCUUUGAGACGUCGGACAUCGCGGGAGGGUCGUGGUCUAGCUCGAGCACGAGCGGGUUCCCCUCGGGCUUGAAGCAUGGGUCUGUGACGCCGGUGACUCAGGCAGAGUACGAUGCUAUCUCGGCUAAAUAUCUGUAG